AUGCGGAAAAAUGGCGUGGACAUUUCCAACGGUCCUACUGCUCAUGUUGAUCAGGACUCUCACACCCAGGCUGGUGAUGAGAAUCAUAAACGGGGAAACUGGGCCAACAAGACCGAGUACAUGCUCACUAUGAUUGGAUAUGCUAUUGGCCUGGGAAAUAUCUGGAGAUUUCCAUAUCUAGCCUACAAGAAUGGAGGGGGUGCCUUUCUCAUUCCCUAUUUCCUGAUGUUGAUUUUGUGUGGGAUUCCUCUAUUCGUCCUGGAAAGCGCCUUCGGCCAGUUUUGCAGCCAAGGUCCAAUAAAUGUGUGGAGAGCAGUGCCGAUACUGCAGGGUGUUGGCAUUGCCAUGGUUAUGGUGACUGCAAUAGAAUCAAUUUACUAUAACAUCAUCGUCGCCUACAGCCUGUACUACAUGUUCGCCUCCUUCCAGUCUCCUCUGCCGUGGUCCAGCUGCUUCAGUUGGUCUGACAGUAACUGCAGCGACACGCCGAUAGUGUAUUGCAAUGUAAGUGGUGUUUUAGUGGCCAACUGGACUCAGGAAAACAGCACUUGUCCUUCAUCCGACACGAUCACAGUUCCAGUGCAGAGCCCCAGUGAGCAGUACUGGGAUCGCGUGGCUCUGCAGAGAUCCAGUGGUCUGGAUGAAACAGGACCAGUAGUUUGGCACUUGGCCCUCUGUCUGCUGCUGAGCACCAUGCUUGCUGCUGCAGCGCUCAUCAGAGGCAUCAAGAUAUCAGGCAAAGUUAUGUAUUUCACAGCUAUAUUUCCUUAUGUGGCGAUCCUGAUCCUGCUGAUCAGAGGUGUGACACUAGAGGGAGCUAGAGAUGGGUUAGAGUUUUACAUUGGUUCCCAAUCCAACUGGACUAAACUGGGUGAAGCACAGGUCUGGAAGGAUGCAGCAACUCAGACGUUUUUUUCCCUAUCCCUUGCUUCGGGUGGAGUUCUAACUCUUGCUUCCUAUAGCAAGUUCAACAACAACAUCUUCCUGGACUCAGCGGUCAUAGCCUGCUGUAACCAUGGUACCAGUUUGUUUGCAGGCAUUGCCAUCUUUUCAAUUCUGGGUCAUAUGGCUUACAUCUAUGGACAGCCUGUUGGAACAGUGGUGAAGGAAGGAUUUGGCCUGGCAUUCAUGGCGUACCCCGACGCUUUGUCUCGGCUUCCCAUUUCCACUCUCUGGUCUAUCCUGUUUUUUUUCAUGUUUUUCAUAGUUGGCCUGGACUCUCUGUUCACACAAUUAGAGGUGAUCAUCACCUGCCUGUGUGAUUUCUUACCUGAAGUCUCCAACUCCAAACGCGCUUUAUUGACUGUAGCGACAUGUUGCAUGACCUACCUCCUGGGCCUGCCAUGCGUCACAAGGGCAGGAAUAUACUGGGUGACACUAAUCGACCACUUUGCGACUAGCAUGGUGCUGCUGUUUUUGGCUCUCUUUGAGAUCAUUGGCUUCGUCUUCAUCUAUGGAGGAAGCCGUCUUCAGAAAGACAUUGAGAUGAUGAUUGGAAAAAAGAGUUUUUGCUUCUGGCUGUGUUGGAAAGCAUGUUGGUUCUUCAUCAGCCCGGUCAUCAUUCUGGUGGUCCUGGGCUGGUCUCUCAUAACCUUUGUGCCUCCAGUCUAUGGAGACAUCCUUUACCCGGUGUGGGGCUUGGCUCUGGGCUGGUGCAUCCUUGUGUUCAUCAUCAUCUGGAUCCCUCUUGUCAUUCUGUAUAGGAUGAUCAGAAUAGAGGGAAAUCUCUGGAAGGGUCUGAAGUCCCUGUGUUCUCCCUCUGAGGAAUGGCAUCCCUACCUGGAAGUCCAUCGAGGAGAACGCUACAGCCGGAAAAGAGCAGUGUUAAGAAGUGAUAACCAAAUGUAA